CUGGGCUCCCAGACACCGGAGCAAGUCCUAGACGUAACAGAAGGACAGCCAGACGGACGGCGCAAUGGCACUGAACACGCAGAUCCGGGCCACCUGCCUCCUGCUUCUCCUCCUGGUCAGCCUGACCAGUGGCCUCGUUCUCCCACCCGAGACAAGACAGCUCGCAGACCUCCAGACCCAGGACACAGCUGGAGACGCGGCUGGCUUGACGCCCGUGCUCCAGAGGCUGAGACGAGACACCCACAUCCCCACGUGCGUAUUCUGCUGCGGUUGCUGUGGUAAAGCAGGGUGUGGGUUAUGCUGCAGAACAUAGAGCAACCCCUGCCGCCCUGCCCCCAGUCCCUUAUUUGUUCCUGCUACCCUCCAGCCCUCAGUGAACGGUCUUGGAAUAAAAUGGCCGGUUCUGGCUCUUAUUUUCCAAA